ACACUCAGGUGUGGCCUGAAGACGUCGGGCCGUGGACCAAUCUAAGGCUCCGAACUUUCCUGAGUCAUCCCCCCCCCGGAACCAAGACGUCUGGAACGGUCAAUAGAUCCUAGCAUUUCUUCUUCGGACUGACCAAUUGCACAAGUCAUCGUUUUGGUGAUCGCAAUUGAUCAUUUUGUAGCACGACGCGUUUGAAAUACGCAUAGAAAUUUAGCUACACUAGAGGAAUUAGCCCUAUACCGUUAUCUAGCCGAGUUGUGUUUUGCGUUUAUCAAAUUUCCACGAGAAAGUAACUUUUAACUUCGUCUGUGGGCGAGCGGCUUGCUCAUGGCAAUCCCCAAAGAUCCCGGAUACAAACGAAUCUAGCCGCAGACAGUCACUGCUGAUCCUAGCUGCUGAUAAUGCCCUCUGGUUACAUGGUAGGGUAUGGUCCAAAGAAGGGAGCUGAGGAAAGCCUGAAACAAACCAAAUACUGUGAAGGCGCCCACCAUUUCUCCACCCAUAGCUCAGAGAGGAAGUGAAACCAAGGGAUUGAGACCGAAGCAGUUCAAUGGAUGAAAACGUUGCAUGGACUGUAGAUUGAAAGAGGAACAACUUCAUCCUCUCAGAUUUUUGCUUUUGAUCUCUGCUUGUACAACCUUUCAGGCCCCUCUGCCUGUUGUUUUGUUUCUUGUAAGAGGUGCGUGAUAACUUGACGCAGAGAUGACUGUGGGAUAAGCAAGAGUGGUAACUGAGAAGAGCAGUCACGUGAAUCCUUACAUCCGUAUGCUACCCACUGGAAUAUCUUAAGUAUUAGCUAAUCAAGCAACAACAAUCCGUCUACCUUGGACACAGACUAACAACUGAGCACUUUCAGACGCUCAUGGAUGUAGUGACUGACUGCCAGAACGCAAUUUGAUGAGGAUAGUCUCUUUGCCCAUGUGUAGAGUUUAACGUGUCAGAAGUCCUUCACCAGUCUGUCAUUGCAGCCCAACUUUAAGGGGGAAAAACACUUUACCGGACUGAUGGAAAGAGAACUUAGGUAAACCUGUGAUGAGUCGGAAUGUGGUGCUGCAAAUAACUGGGAAUCCCCUACUGGAGUGGGAGGAACUGGAACUGAGGUGGAACCAGAACCAACUGAGGCCUAAGCACGACAACUGAAUGCCAUGUACUAAACUGGAAAUACGCUUGAUUUAACUGGUAAUAUUGCACUUGCGAGCGUUGGGGGGGAGACUGUUUCAUCCUGGGAUUUGGGAAGACUGGAAUCUGUUCCUGUGGAACUGCAUUUAUUGGGAGAGGAUUACUGAAACCAACAGCCCUGUGUGCAGAAAUGGCGGGGCCGGGAAAGGACUACAACCAUCUCUUCAAACUGCUCAUCAUUGGAGACUCCAAUGUAGGGAAGAGCAGUCUACUACUACGAUUUGCAGAUAACUCCUUCUCGGGUAGCUACAUCACUACGAUCGGCGUGGACUUUAAGAUCCGUACGGUGGACAUCGAUGGGGAGCGAGUCAAACUGCAGAUCUGGGACACGGCGGGCCAGGAGCGCUUCAGGACCAUCACCUCAACGUAUUAUAGAAAUACCCACGGUGUGAUUAUUGUUUACGAUGUCACCAACCCAGAGUCGUUUGUGAACGUGAAGAGGUGGCUUAAUGAGAUCACUCAGAACUGUGACAACGUCUGUAAGAUCCUAGUGGGGAACAAGAAUGACGACCCCUCCAAGAAGCAGGUGGACUCCCAGGAUGCAAUGCGUUUCGGGGAGUCGGUUGGCGUCCGGGUAUUUGAGACGAGCGCCAAAGAAAACAUCAACGUGGAAGAGAUGUUUAUGGCUUUCACUCACAUGGUCCUUCGGAUGAAGAAGCAGAGUCAGAGUCGUGCAGAGAGAGAGCGGGAACGAGAGAAGGAAACGGUCGACAUCAAUUCUCACAGACACAGAGAGAGGAGGAAGAGGGGGAAGAAGUGUUGCUGAGGGAGAGAAAGGAAGGCGAUUUUCGAAGAACAGGACAGACCAAUGGAGAGUCGAGCAUCCAAAGUCUGUCUGCACUCAUGGGGAAAGAGCCAGGACAUUACAUGUUGACAUUGCACUGAGGCAAGAUUACAAGAGGGUAAGGACAGAGAACCACUAUUAUGUGCCGAAUUUUUACCUUAGCAGUUAUUUUUUAUGAAUGCAUAAUAAUGUCAUUUUAUCAUUAAAAGGGAAACUGGAUCCCCACUGUGUCAAACUGUCAUUAAAACCCCUAAUUUAGGAAAUACACUAAUGACUUCAAAAGUGACUAGAGUGAUGUAUCUGUCUUAUUUGUAAUGAAAAAUGUAACAUGUCUAAAUAAACAGUGAGCAAUAAA